UUCAGUUCAGCGACAACUGAACUCAGAUUUUCAGAAACAUUUCAGCCGCUAACAUUUACUUCCAAUAAGAGUUUAAAAUGUUCAGAUUUCUGAUUCGGUUUCUGUCAAACUGUGUAUUUUUUACCUGAAAAUUGGAAAUAAAUCAUAUUUCAGCUUCUUUAUAAACUACAUUUUUGUCAAAAACCUAAAUAUCCAAUACCAAUCAGUUUAAAAAUCAGUGAUAUUGUUCUGCAUUUCUACAAAAACAAAUGUAUUUUCAUUCUUCCUGAUCUGAAACUCGUUAAAUCAGAGGAAAAGUUUCUCUAUGGAAGCUCAACCUAAUUCUAAACAGAAGAAGCAGGAUUUGUUUGGAGUUUGCUGCCUGUAGAAAAUAGCAAAAGAUGGGUGUGGGCUUCUGUGAUUGGCUGCCCGGCUCUGACAUCACACAGGUAAACAACAAACAGCUGACCCGUCACUGUUGCUUGUUUUUAACCUGCCGUCGACAGAUGUGCGUGUCCAGGUUUCUGAGAUGUGUGGGCGUGUCUCUUGUUCCGAUGGCGAUCAUCUGUAUGCUGUCCAACAUCCUGCUGCUGCUUCCUGAGCUGAAGCCCCGCUUCCUCCUGGAGGGUCAUGUGACCAGAGAAGCCACCUGGGCCACGGGUCUGUGGGGCUCAGGCCUCCUGGUCUUACUUGGAGCACGAGCCUUCGUCCAGAGCAGCAAGACCAAAGGUUGCUGCGCUUUCAGAAGUCAGAUGUUGUGUCAGGCUCUGUACUCCUGCGUGGGGCUGCUGGCUGCCUCCGGCUGUUCUCUGGUCAGCGCCACAGGUCUGUCUCAGGGUCCUCUGUGUCUCUACAAUUCGUCUUCUGGUCUUACCUGGGGUGUCCCCCUGCAGCCACUUCCUGACAGACACUCAGGGUACUUGUACAACCAAACUCUGUGGUCAGGGGUCUGUAUGGCCCCUCGCUCCGUGGUUCAGUGGAACGUGGUUCUGUUCAGCAUUAUGGGAAUCACCAGCGCGCUGCAGGCCGUCCUCUGUGGACUGAACAUCCUGAACUCUCUGCUGGGGCUGAUCCUGGGUCAGGGGUUCGGCCGUAAUAGGGUCGCUCCAGUUUCAGUGUAAGAUUUGAAUCUUCACAGGAAACCAGCUCAACACUUCAAAAUAAAAGCACUACAGCACUUUACCUAAACAGUAGCUCUGAAAUGCUCAGGGUCAAUGUUUCCAGAGACUCUGACUUAUUUAUGUCUGUCACAAAUGUGAU